AUGCAUACCGUCUCCAUCGUCAGGAAGGACCCAAAAUCUAGCAACGCUAACUAUCCGCUGCGGGGUACAGAUACUCCAGACUAUCUCUCGCAGUUUCACUUUGACGUCAAUGGCAACGAGCUCCAGUUCGUCGAACUUGGGGGUGAACAGACGUCCACCUCUGCCAGUCUCGAGAAUGGAACUCUUGGAGCUGCCUCUGAUAACGCAACAUCCCGUGCUACGGAACUCAGCAAAAAGCGCCAGGCGUCUUGCAGCCUGCCACGCCAGAAGAAGGUACCCCGAAAUGACUUGGAAAUUGAGCAGACCGACGAGCAGCAAACAUCCGCAUCAAACGUCGCCAUGCCUUCGCCUCCCCCGGCUCGAGAAGAAGAAGAAGAGCAACAGCAUCUUACCAUUCCUCAUGCCAACCUACGGGACGAAAUCCCUCAGCUCCUCGACAACUUCGACGAUCUACCAGCCCCUGUCAAGAACUACGUGAUGUUCCAGCUUCUACGUCGAUGCAACAGACGGAACCUGUCGAUGGUAGCCGAUAUUGUCGUCCCUGCCUUGCGCUGCGAUUUGCUGUCCAUCUUUCCUUUGGAACUCGCCACAAAGGUUUUGUCCCACCUCGACUACAAGACUCUUUGUGCCGCAUCACAGGUUUCAAAAAGCUGGAACUCCAUUGUUGAAAGCUUGGGCGCAAUCUGGAAGGGUCUUUCAGAGAGCCACCAGGCGCCCGUUACCGAUGCUGACGUUGCCAGAGCUACCGAGCAAAAGUGGGACUAUACCACGUGGGGGUCCGAGGACACCGAUCCUAGCAUUGUCGAAUCCACUCCUCUGUACAGCAAGAUCAACCUGUACAAGAGCAUAUACCGUCGAAGACAUCUUAUUCGUCGCAACUGGAUGGAUCCCAACUCCACACCUGACUCCACAUGCAUCCGAACUGGACGGGAGGCAGUCAUUACUUGUCUCCAGUUUGAUGAUGACAUCAUUGUCACUGCCAGCGAAGACCCUUGGAUCAACGUCUACGACACUAAAACUGGCCGUCAACGAAGUCGACUCGAAGGUCACACUGGAGGAGUGUGGGCUCUGCAGUACGUUGGUGAUACAUUGGUCAGUGGAAGUAUUGACAGAACUGUUAGAAUUUGGAACAUCAAAGAAGCACGAUGCACCCACAUUUUUACAGGUCACGUCUCUACGGUGCGGUCACUAAGCAUCCUGACUCCUGUGCCAAUGAGCCAUGCAAUGUGUGCUACUGCACGAACGGAGAGCACCGACCCCGAUGAGAUGUAUCCUUCUCGACCUCUCAUUGUUACUGGAUCUCGGGACAAGACACUGAGAGUCUGGAAGCUUCCUCUUCCAGGCGAGCCUGAAUGGCUGGAUCAGUCCACUCAGGAUCCCUACUUCAUGAAGUCACUCCAGGGCCACUCUAAUUCUGUUCGCGCCGUUAAUGGCUACGGUGACACUCUUGUCUCUGGAUCUUAUGACACUACUGUGCGUGUCUGGUCUAUCAACACUGGAAAGUGCAAGUUUGUACUUUCUGGACAUCACAAGCGAGUAUAUGCUGCUGUUCUUGAUCAUCAGCGUAAUCGAUGCAUCUCUGGGUCGCUUGACUGGAAUGUGAGGGUCUGGUGCCUUGAGUCAGGAUCCUGCCUGUACACUUUGGAAGGUCACACCUCGCUUGUUGGUCUCCUUGACCUCAACCGAUCUUGGCUCGUGUCGGCUGCAGUUGACUGGACCCUUCGAGUUUGGGACCCCGAGACUGGAGGCAACAUACAUAAGCUGGAGGGACACGCGGAGGCAAUUUCUUGCUUUCAGCACGACGAAUACAAAGUUGUCAGUGGUUCCGCAAAAUGCUUGAAGCUCUGGGAUAUUCGUACUGGCAAACUUGUGAAAGAUUUGUUCACGGAGUGUGAGUCAAUCUGGCAAGUGCGGUUUAGUGGAUCCAAGCUCGUCGCAGCUGUCCAGAAAGACAACGAGGCUUAUCUCCGAAUCCUGGAUUUCGAUUAUGAGCCAGGAACGAAGACUGAGAAAACGGUCUACGUUGGAAAUGAGGAUGACAUCAAGGUCGAAGACGAGCUUGACACCGCUGCCGCUCCUGAUGUAGCUCAAUCCUAA